GUAUACUCGCUAAGGGGCACCUAAGGACUAACACAGACUCAUAAUUGGACUCAUUGAGAGUCGUAUAGAAGUUCAUGCCUUAAAAUGUUUCACCGGUCCUCCUGAUACACUACCCGCUUUCACAGCUGUAGCACCUCUCUCUCUGCUCCCUGGUCCUCCACCCUCAGUAGAAGCUGCUGUAUUUCCUGGACCUAUUUGUCUAAGGGAAGUGCUAAAAUAAGCAUUGGAGUGGCUGGAGACAAGCACAUCUCUUUCCCACCACUUUGUUGCUCCGCUCUGAAGCAACCGGUUUCCUGGUUGUUUUUGGCCGUAUGAGAAGAACUCAGCCAUGGAUAAAAGGAUAUCAAUCUUCAUCUUUUCAUGUUUUCUCCUUACAUGGAUAGCUUCUGCUUCAGGCAGUGAUCCUCAUGGGUUAGGUGCUGUAGCGACCGAAAGCAGUGAUCCUCAUGGGUUAGGUGCUGAAGCAACCGAAAAAACUUCAACAUCUGGUGAAUCUGGUCAAACUACUACUUCUGCUUCAGGCAGUGAUCCUGUGGUGACUGGUACUGUACCACCCAACAACACUCUAAGUUCUGGUGAAUCUGGUUCUACUAAAAGUCCAACUACUACUCCCGGUACCAGUUUAUCGACUGCUGGAUCCAGUCCUUCUCCAACCAGUGGUAAAGAUAGCGUUGAAUCUGGAUCAUCAUCCUCUGAUAAGCUGGAGUCCACAACUAUUGCGUCAAGUCCUGCAUCAAAAACUUCCACAGAAAGUCAAACAGACACCACAUCUACUCAAGAGAUAGGUACUGCUUCUCCCACCCAAAACAAAACUCUGUCAAAAGAUUCAUUAACCACGAGCCCUACAACAGUACCAAAUCUCAAUUCAACAUCAACAAAAAAUCAUACUGGGUCCGGUGAAAACCGCUACGAUAAGGAAAUAUCCAAAGAAACUCCAGACAAAAAAUUCAUGUGGAUUUUGUUACCUGCUGUGUGUGUUUUGCUGGCAGCAAUCACAUAUUGGAAAUUCAAGUGUAAAAAAGUACAGCAUCGACCAGAUAUGACAGACAAUGGAACAGAAAAUGCUUCUUUCCAGAGGACAGACAGUAACAAAGAUGGUGUUAUGCUGUUAGGAGUGAGUAAGACAACAGGUGGAGCGGAAAAUGUGAUUUGAUGGUAAAUGAUUUGCUUCUUUAAAAUUACUCUGUGAAUACAUGUGACCACAGAACAUAUUGUGCAGACCUGCAACACCUAUUAAAAGGAAGUAGGCUUUUGGAUUGUUUGUAAAACAGGCCUUUAUUUAUUAAUUAUAAGUACAAUGAUUUAAUAAAAUAUUUCGGUAACAACGAAUCAGUUGGUCCUUAUAUUGAACUUAUAAAGCAAAUUAUUCCGAAAAUAUUUCUAUAAAUGAAAAAUUAUUCAUAUAAAAAUUAUUUCAUAAUAGCGGAAAUGAGCAUGAUGUUAUUCUCUGUUAGCAAGACAGUGAUCUAAUCUUUUUUUUAUAUCCAAAUUGUUGCUUACCCCCCUCAUCUGUCCACACCCUUCCCUCCACUGUGUUCCAUCGCUCUCUCCAUCUCUAAACACUCAGAGGAAGCCAAGGGUUUUAAAUAUCUCAUUGUUGAUGACUGGAGAGCUAGGGCUGUAGCCAUGCAGUACAGUAGAAGGUGUUUCCUCCAAUUUAAUAAGACCAUUACACUGCCAACAUAGCCCUGCCCUGCCUCCACUCCCAUUUCCCAAAUCCCACCCGUUUAAAGAUCAUUCUGAGAUUUAAAAUAAGCCUUUCAACAGCAAAACACUAUCGGUUUUACACGGGGACCGAUCUGUGACCCCAGAGACCUGCUAUGGCAUAAACAAAAACAGUUUAGUCACUGUGUGCUGCUCAAAGCAUUUUCAUUUUAGUCAAUCAAAGCCCAUAGUUCCUUUGAAAAGAAAGUAUAAAUGAGUACUGUGAGACAGCUGUUGUGUCCAGAUUCAGAAGGCCAAUACAACAUUGUUGUUGCGUUCCUGUUUACUGCCUGGCAUGAACCAUUAAGCAUUCUUUUUAUACUGUAUAAGCCAUUAUAAAUAUGAUCAAAUGUUGUAUUUUGAUUAUGUGUAAAGCAGUCCACAUAUAUCCAGUGCCUUGCAAAAGUAUUAAACGCCCUAAAUUUUAUUCACAUUUUGUUAUGUUGCUGCCUUAUCUUAAACUACUUUUUUUACAUUAAUCUACAUUCCAUGACCAAUAAUGACAACAUAAGACAGAUUUGUGACAAUUUAGCAAAUUUUGUUUAAAAUAAAAUAACUAAAUUGCACAAGUAUUCAUACUCAUAACUCAGAAGAUGGUUAAAGCACCUUUACAGAAUCACCUAUUUUUGGGUGAUGUGACAAGCUUUACACAUCUGCAUUUGGCAAUUUUCUGCCAUUCUUCUCCUUAGAUCCUCUUAAAAGUCUGUCAGGUUUGAUGGAGAUCAUCAGUAGUUUUCAGGUCUAUACAGAGAUGUUCAGUUCACUAUCUGGGCCACUCAAGUACAUUGACAGAGUUGUCCAUAAGCCACUCUUGCAUUGUUUUAGCUGUGUGCUUAGGAUCAUUGUCAUGUUGGAGAAUGAACCUUCUGCCCAGUCUGGGCUAGGUUUUCAUGGUCAUUUUUCAGAAGUCUUCCCCAGAUCUGUGUUUUGAUACAAUCCUGUGUCAGAGCUUUACUGACAGGUUUUUUUUUACCUCAUGUCUUGGAUCUUACUUUGAUAUGCAUUUUCAGCUGUUGCACCUUUUAUUGAGAGGUAUGUGCCGCUCCAAAUCAUACUUAUUCAAUUGAAUUUGCAACAGGUAUCUCCACUCAUAGUGUAGAAACAUCAACAAGCAAAACUAAUGCUACUGAGCUAAAUUUCAACUGUCCGAGAAUUUUUUAUAAAUUUGCGAAGUUGUCACAACUCUGUUUCGUCAUUAGUGUAAAUAAAUGUAAAAAAAGAAUUUAAAGUAGUUUAAGAUAAGGCAGCAACAUAACAAAAUGUGAACAAAAUGAAGGGCGAUUAAUUAUUUUACAAGGCACUGUAUUUUCACACAUUGAAACUAUUUUGAUAUUAGUAUGAGGUCAUAUGGAAACGCAGACUGUUUAAAGCACAUUUAAAAAUAAUGUAAAGCACAACUCUUCCCUCUAGUGGAUAGAUUAUGUAUUACAAAAACUCUGAGAGGCCUUGUUAUUGCUAAAACAAUGUAAAAUAGAUUAUGUAUUACAAAAACUCUGAGAGGCCUUGUUACUGCUAAAACAAUGUAAAAUGCUGAGAUGCAUAGUACUUGAUUGUUUUAUUUCAAAUUUUAUAUUUAAAAAAAGGACAUUAAAAGUCAAUGUACUUUCUUACUGUUACUUAAGUAAUUUAGUCAAAGGUCAUUUUUCUUGGGCAUAAGUAAGAUUGUAGGUUUUUAAUGUAGGCCUACUUAAGUAUUAAAGGUAAAAAAACAUGUAAAAAAUGUAUGAAAUGUAGUAGAGUAAACUAUAUAUAUACAUAUAUGCUUCAUAAUGUAGUGAAGUAAACAUUUUCCCAAAGUAGAAACACUCCAUAAACGUACUUGAGUAAAAUACUCAAAUACUAUACACCUUUGUACCUCUGCACCUCUGUACAUUAUAUAUAAUAAUACUGUAAAUGUUUGAUUAUUACGUUAGAGUGUAUAACAUGUAAUAUGAAAACACUAUAAGCUCCACAAUAUGGCCAAAUGCAUAAAUGUGAAUUUUUGUACAUGUAUUGAUCACAUUAUCAUUAUCACAAUUAAUUACAGACACUACAAGAUAAAUAACAGUACUGCAAGAGAACUGAAACGGCUUAUCAUUAUCAGAGGAGAAAGACCAAGGAGUAUUUGUGUUUGAAUAGCUUGUUUCUAUACAUUGUUUUAUCAGGAUUUUAAACUAUUUAUGAAAUUCUCCAGCCCUGUUUACCUAAGCAAUCAUUUUCAGUGACAAUAACUUAAAGCUUAAGUAGAAAAGCUUAGUUAAAUAAAGUGUGGAACUGCUGAUUUGCAACUUGUCACAUAUUUGUGCAUAUUGUUUUUUUUUUGCUUGAUUUUCACUCUAUCCUAGUUUAUUUUUUUACAAAUAAGUGUAAUUGUCAUGAAAAUAGUUCCUUUUCAUUGUUUAAAUUGCCCCUUUUUAAUCAUUCACAAGUUUUGUGCCUAUUGUUGGUCACUAUGGUUUAAGAAGUUCUUAGAUACUUUUAGCAAAUGUUCAACUUUAGAUGUUUUUCAAAAAAUGUUUCAAAUUAAUUUACUUUCAAACUGUAUACAAAUAAUUGUGUUCUUUUUAAGUAAUAGAAAAUUGACUUUGUACAAUUUAAGAUGCUGUUAAACGUGUUGUAUUAAACAAACUUACACAAGUUUGCUGAAAUGUUAAGAGAAAUUAAACCGUUUCUUUGUAAUUUUUGUCCUCGACCUGUAAUUAAAAGUUUGAGAUUUGCUUUUCUUA